GUUUACGAUACUCUAGCCUUUUGACCUUUUGAGAGUUCUUUCGCUUUGGUUGUGUCACGACACACUGCGCCCCAACUAAGUAGACAACCGCAAUAUGGAGGAUCGCUCACCCGGCGCUAUCGUUGCUACUUCCAGCCGCAGCCGACCUUCGUUCUGGCAGAGGUUCCGCAGAAGAUGCGGUCGCGUGUGUGGGGUCGGGGGGAGAAGGGAGAGCGAGGAUUGCAGCUUCGAUACGACGGUGAUUCCUUCUCCAGGUGGAACCGGCGGAAUUGCAUCGCACAACGCAGGGAGCACGAUAACCCGGGGCCAUCUCACCACGUUGUCAGAAAACGACUUUUACAAUUCGCUUUCUGUUGGUGAGUCGCUGCUGGAUCUGACAGUUGGAACAAGGGACAGUUGCUCGAAAAGCAGCAGCAGCAGCAGGGGAGCUUCUUGUGUAGUCCAGGAAGCUUCCUUUUCUGGAAGUAGAAAUACUGCCAAAG